AUGGCCAAGGAGCAGUCCCUGAUCCAACAGGCCAGAGUGUCAGUGCACCCCCUGCCAUCCAGCCAUUGGAUCUCCACAUACAUCACAGUGCCCCCGUCCCCGCUGAUUCAAACCCUGGUACAGGGGAACAUCUUGGUAAGCGAUGACGUGCUCAUGUCUGCCAUGUCAGCCUUCACAUCCCUGGACCAGCCCAUGCCCCAAGGGCCCCCACCUGUGCAGAGCAGCCUGAACAUGCAUUCUGUGCCCAGCUACCUCACCCAGCCUCCACCACCUCCUCCACCUCCUCCACCACUGCCUCCACCCCCAGCCCCCCAGCCCCCGCCUCCCCCACCCCAGAGCCUGGGCCCCCCUGGGCGUCCCAACCCCGGUGGGAAUGGCGUGGUGGAGGUGUACAGUGCCACUGCACCCCUGGCUGGGAGUGGAACGGUGGAGAUCCAGGCACUGGGGAUGCAGCCCUACCCACCCCUGGAGGUGCCAAACCAGUGUGUGGAGGCUCCGGUGUACCCCACCCCCCCAGUGUACAGCCCUGGCAAACAGGGAUUCAAACCAAAAGGACCAAACCCCGCUGCCCCCAUGACAAGUGCCACUGGUGGCACGGUGGCCACCUUUGACUCCCCACCAACACUGAAGACCCGACGGGCUAAAGGUGCCAGUGGACUUCCGGAAGCUGCAGGAAAGCCAAAGGCUCAGAAACUCAAGUGUUCAUACUGUGACAAAUCAUUCACCAAAAACUUUGACCUGCAGCAGCACAUCCGAAGCCACACCGGUGAGAAGCCCUUCCAGUGCAUUGCAUGUGGCCGCGCCUUUGCCCAGAAGUCUAAUGUCAAGAAACACAUGCAGACCCACAAGGUGUGGCCUCCAGGACGCAGUGGUAGCACUGUUUCUCGCAACUCUGUGACAGUACAGGUCAUGGCUCUGAACCCCAGCAGGGAGGAGGAUGAGGAAAACACAGGGUUGGGCCAGACCCUGGCGAGUACACCUCAGGCCCAGGCCUUGCCUUCGGCCAGCAAGGACGAGGGGGAUAAGCUGGAGACCAAGCAGGUGGUCCUCAUCGAUAGCUCCUACCUGUGCCAGUUCUGUCCCAACAAGUUCAGCACCUACUUCCAGCUCAAGUCCCACAUGACCCAGCAUAAGAACGAGCAGGUGUACAAGUGCGUUGUCAAAAGCUGUGCUCAGACGUUCCCAAAGCUUGACACAUUUCUGGAGCACAUAAAGAGCCACCAGGAAGAGCUGAGCUACCGGUGCCACCUCUGUGGCAAGGACUUCCCCUCGUUGUACGACCUGGGCGUGCACCAGUACUCCCAUAGCCUCCUGCCGCAGCACAGCCCCAAGAAGGACAACGCCAUCUACAAGUGUGUCAAAUGUGUCAACAAGUACUCCACCCCCGAGGCCCUGGAGCACCACCUGCAGACUGCCACGCACAACUUCCCCUGCCCGCACUGCCAGAAGGUAUUCCCUUGUGAACGCUACCUGCGGCGUCACCUGCCCACCCACGGCAGCGGGGGCAGGUUCAAGUGCCAGGUGUGCAAGAAGUUCUUCCGGCGGGAGCACUACCUCAAACUGCACGCCCACAUCCACUCAGGUGAGAAGCCCUACAAAUGCUCAGUGUGCGAGUCUGCAUUCAACCGCAAGGACAAACUGAAGAGACACAUGUUGAUCCAUGAGCCCUUCAAGAAAUACAAAUGCCCCUUCUCGACACACACAGGCUGCAGUAAGGAGUUCAAUCGGCCGGACAAGCUGAAGGCUCACAUCCUCUCCCACUCUGGCAUGAAGCUCCACAAAUGUGCCCUGUGCAGCAAGUCCUUCAGCCGCCGUGCCCACCUCGCUGAGCACCAGCGUGCCCACACGGGCAACUACAAGUUCCGCUGUGCUGGUUGUGCCAAGGGCUUUUCCCGCCACAAAUACCUCAAGGAUCACCGCUGCCGCCUUGGUCCCCAAAAGGACAAGGACCUGCAAACCCGGCGCCCCCCCCGGAGGAGGGCAGCCCCCCGCAGUGGCAGCAGUGGCGGGCACAAGGUGGUGACUCCCCUGUCCGACCCGCUGGGGCUGGAGGAGCUGAAGGACUCAGGGGCUGGGCCAGUGGCCGAGGCCGCCCCAAGCAAGCCGCCCUUUGCCGAGCCCGAUGCUGUGCUGUCCAUCGUGGUGGGUGGCUCAGUGGGUGGGGAGCCUGAGCUGGUGGUGCCUGGGCAUCCCGAGGCACUGGGCUCCAACCUAGCGCUGGCAGAGCUGCAGGCUGGGGCCGAGGGCCCUUGUGCCAUGCUCGCCGUGCCUGUCUACAUCCAGGCCUCAGAGUGAUGGCCUGUGGCAUUUGCUGCAAGGACCAGCCUGAUGCUCAUCUUUGGGUCUGGAGCCUCUGGGGGCAGACUAGACAUCCUUCCCAGUGGAAGAGAGCCAUUGGUAGAAAUCCUUUUGAACGUCAUUUAAAAACCCCAGCCUGUGGCUGCCUUCCUGUGACCCCUAUCCUGCUGGAAAGCCCUGUAACAUUCUAGGAUCUGGGGCAGGGUUGCCUACGACUUCUGGGCAGAGCGAUGGCAAGAGAGAUGGCUGGAGCCUGAACAGUCCAGCAUCUGGCUGGGCUAGGCUGGGGGUUAGAUCCGCACCAUCUUCCUGCCUACCCCCACUCGGCCACCUCAGGGUAGCCUCUCGUCAAGCUUCUCUUCAGGAAGCUUGACAUGGUCCGAGUCCUUAUCUUUGGACCUUUUCACAUACAGUACCUCACAGUGUCCUCAGACAACACUGUGAUGUAGGCAUUUAGGAGGCACUCAAGUGUUGUGGUUAGAGUGCAAUUAUGAACCAGAUCUGGCUUCAAACCCAAGAGUUGCCAUGAACUUGCUGUGUGACCUUGGGCAAGUCAUGUCACCUCUCUGAGCCUGUGUUCCUCGACUCUACAAUGGGACUUACAAUGGUACUACCUCAUAGGGUUGUCAUGGGGAUCCAGUAUGAGGAAAAGGUGCAAAGGACUCGGCAUGGUGCCUGGGGCUCAGAAAGUGCUCAAUCAAUGUUUUUAUCACUGUGUGUGUCCAAAUGGCUCAGGCCCAAAUUUUGGCAGUUUUUUUCUUAGCCCCGAGGUGGCAGCACUCCCCUCUAAAGUGUGUGGGGGCUGAGGGGUCCUGCAGCUCCUGGCACACAGAAGCCAGGGAGAGGUCCUGAAGGAAGGAGCAGGUUUGGAGCUCUCAGAAACGUAUUACGGAAUAUGCCCCAUGGAAACACGCAGGGGAAAGCGUUUCUACUGACUCGUGAAAAUUCAAGAUCCUGGGCCUCACCCCCAACCCUUGGGAAUGAGAUGCUCUGACCAGAGCCAUCUUGGGCUGGCCUGUGGAUGGCCAUGAGUAUCCCCACCUCCAGGAUUCCCCUUCUCCUCCCCAAAUAGUCCAGGCGGGAGGUGAGCCAGGCUCAUCAGGAGGCAGGAAGGGGAAGAGAGGCUUGACCAGUGUUUCCCCACUUAUCAUCACAGCCACCCCUCUGGGCAACAUUGCCUCCACUACAGGAGAGGAGAUGGAGGCUUGGAGAGGGGAUGGGGCAAGACACAAUGGAGCUGUCUGAUUCAGUGAUGACUGAGUUUCCUCAGAUGUCUGUGCUGGGACCCAGGGCUGGAGCUCAGAGCCAAGCCCAACUUUCCAUGUCCUCAGGGAGGGUAUGAUGUGGCGGGAGGGACAAAGUUGAUGGAGGUGAGGGCUGUAAGUGUUCCAGCCUGCAAAAAGGCUGGAGGAGGAACUGGUGGGGACAGGAAGUGUCAGAGAGGAUGACAUUUGAGCGGGUAUCGGCACUGAGUGCUUUGAUGGAUGGAUAGACAGGGAAGGCAUGCUAGGUAAGGGCAAGGCACAAGCAAAGACCUUGAGGUAUGACAGUGUAGUCAUGCUCCAGGGCUGGUGAAUGGUCCAGGGUAACCAGAGAGUUCAGAGGAGCAGGCAGACAAUGAAAAUCACUAACUCUUCAAGCCUCCACAUGAUGGACACUGUACCAAGCUAUUUAUAUUACAUCCCCUUAACCUACCAGGUGAAUGCUAUUACUUUCCCUAUUUUACAGUUGAGGAACAGGCACAGAGAGGCAAAGUUCCUUGCCCAAGCUCAGCCAGUAAGCAAAGAGCUGGGAUCCAAGCCAGGGUGGUCUUCCACAUGCUCUCAGCACUUUUCUGAAUUGAAAUAUGAAUUGGUGUUGAAUCAGAGUGAGGCUUCAAUGCUGGGUUAAGGAAUCUGGACUUUAUUCUCUACCUGAUGGAGGGGUCAUGGGAGGCAGUAAACAUUUUUUAAAAUUAUAAUAAUGAUAUUAAAGGAAAUUUUAAAAACCACAUCUUUAUCCUAAUACAAUUAUUUAAGUUGUAUUUCCAUUGCUUCUUCCUGUCAGUGUACACAUGCAUACAAUUUUUCCAAUGCUGUGGUUUGAAUGUGUCCCCCAAAGUUCAUGUGUUGGAAACUUAAUCCCAAUGUAACAGUGUUGAAAGGUGGGACUUUUAAGAGGUGAUCAGGUCAUGAGGGUUCUGCCCACAUGGAUGGAUUAAUGUCGUUAUUUUGGGAGUAGGUUUGUUAUAAAAGUGAGUUCAAAGAAUAAAAAGAAA